UGACUGAAUUUAAGGUGAUGAGGGACACUCAAUUCAUAUGUCCGGUAGGCCACUAGAAUUCUGUAAUAGGGGUCUGGAAGAGAGCUGGAACUGGGGAAACAGCAUUGGAGCAUUGAGAGUCCGUGAGAUCUCUGACAGAGCAAAAAGGGACGCUCUGAGGCCGGAGCACCUGCAGUGUCCAUAAUGAGAAGCCAAGAGAAGGAAGGGAAAUCAGGAAUGAGGGGCCAGAAAUGUGAGGGGCAGAUCAGGCUGGGCUGAUGCUAGGGAAGCCAUAGGGAAAGUGGGCAGAAGUAUAGCUUCCUUCAGAGAGUUUGAAGCGAGUGAGGGCUGGGAGGAAUGGCCAGUUCUCAGUUGGACCAGGGAACCCUCUGCACCCUCAGAAUAACAUCUGCAUGGAAAAUUCACAGCACAGUCAGAAUAACGCCUGUAUGGAAGGGGGAUGAGAGGCAGUGUGUGGAGCUGCCUGGGUUCUCUUGAACCCACUCACUGGGAUACAGAUCUUACUGGAGCCAAGGCAGGGCUUCUUCUCAUAGCUCUCUUUCCUCCCUCAGGUCAGUGUACUUCUCAGAUGCCUGCCCUUUCCCAAGCUGGGAAGUCAGGAGACCAGGCAGUGGCAACUGUGCUUCGGAUGGUCAGGCCCCAGGGAUCUGCAGCGUACCAGUUCCUGUCUGUGGACUAUACUGAGAGGAAGUGGAAAGGUCCAGCCCUCAGUCAGAGAGCCGUGUACCGGAGCAUCGUGCCGGAAAAUUAUUGCAGCAUGGCCUCAUUGGCAGGUGAGACUAGGAUGCGGCGUUCAGAGUUGCCUGCAAAGCAGGAAGUUUCUAAAGGAUCGGCGUCAUCUGAUGGGACAUCAGGAGGCCUCUGUGGAGUAGUUUCUGGGGAACCAGAGACAGGAGCUGCCUGUGAAGGUACUUUAGAGAAGCUGGAAGGGCAGUCUUCAGAUGAAGAAGGGAGUGGACUGGAAAGUGAUUUCUUCAAAAUAACACACGAGGAUAAGGAUAAAUCCACAAAAGAUGGAUGUGAUGAAUAUAGUGAACUUGGGAAACAUCCAGAUCUGUCCUCUAGUGCUGCAGAACAUCAAGGAGUUCUGAAGGGACAGAAAUUUUAUCAAUGUGAUGAAUGUGGUAAAGCUUUCAAUCGGAGUUCACACCUCAUUGGGCAUCAGAGAAUCCACACUGGAGAGAAACCCUAUGAGUGUAAUGAAUGUGGUAAGACCUUCAGGCAGACCUCUCAGCUCAUAGUUCAUCUCAGAACCCACACAGGGGAAAAGCCCUAUGAGUGCAAUGAGUGUGGAAAGACUUACCGACACAGCUCCCAUCUUAUUCAACACCAGAGACUCCAUAAUGGUGAGAAACCAUAUAAAUGUAAUGAAUGUGGAAAAGCUUUCAAUGAGAGUUCCAAACUUUUUGACCACCAGAGAACCCAUACUGGGGAGAAACCUUAUGAAUGCAAUGAGUGUGGGGCUGCCUUUAGUCGGAGUAAAAAUCUCGUCCGACAUCAGGUACUUCACACUGGUAAAAAACCUUACAAGUGUAGUGAGUGUGGGAAAGCUUUCUGUUCUAACAGAAAUCUUACUGACCAUCAGAGGAUCCAUACUGGGGAGAAGCCUUAUGAGUGUAAUGAAUGUGGCAAGGCCUUCAGUCGGAGUAAAUGUCUUGUUCGACAUCAGAGCCUCCACACUGGGCAAAAACCAUACAAAUGUAAUGAAUGUGGGAAAGCCUUCAAUCAGAACUCUCAACUUGUUGACCAUGAGCGAAUUCAUACUGGAGAAAAACCUUUUGAAUGUAAUGAGUGUGGUAAGGCAUUCAGUCUGAGUAAAUGUCUUAUUCGACAUCAGAGACUUCACACAGGUGAAAAGCCCUAUAAAUGUAAUGAGUGUGGAAAAUCCUUCAAUCAGAGCUCAUACCUCAUUAUUCACCAGAGAAUUCACACUGGUGAGAAGCCUUAUGAAUGUAAUGAGUGUGGGAAGGUCUUCAGUCAUAAUUCUAGCCUUAUGGUUCAUCAGAGAACCCAUACUGGGGAGAAACCCUAUAAAUGUAGUGAUUGUGGGAAAGCUUUUAGUGACAGCUCACAGCUCAUUGUGCACCAGAGAGUUCACACAGGUGAGAAACCCUAUGAAUGUAUUGAGUGCGGGAAAGCCUUCAGUCAGCGUUCCACUUUUAAUCAUCACCAGCGAACUCACACUGGAGAGAAGCAUUCAGCUCUGGCUCGCACAGUUUAUUGAGACAUGAUUCUCUAAGAUAGCAAGAUAUUUUGAGUUAAUCUUUCCUUGUAAGAAAGAUACUCACCCUGAUCUCCUCUUAGAAUCACUAAUCAAUGAGGGCCAUUCCCUCCAUUCUUUCUGCUUGAAAAUGAAGGUGGGAGAGUCACAGGGCCCUCCUUCACAGCUAUGAGGGAAGUAAGGACUACACAUUUCUUGGACUUGUAGAUUCCCUUCCUCCCUUUCUCCCUCCCUCCCUUCCUUCCUUCUCUUUCUCUCUCCUCUCUUUUUUGUUUAAAAAUGUAUCUCUGGUUUUAGUUAUGAAUCCUAUAAUCAAAUUAUGUGCUUCUAAAGGACAGUAAUUAUAUGCUUCCUUUCUUUCCAGCUAAUUCAUUUCACAUUUGCAUAAAGUCAUUCUCCAAUGCUCUGGUUUUUUCCUAUCUUGGGUAUGGCCUUUUAAAAAGUUCUAUUUUAAUCUAGAUUCUCAUCACUUGUAUUUCCUAUCUAGAAAACCUUUUUUUCUUUCUGUUUCCUAAUCUUUAUCCCUCAGACCCUGUAAGAUCCAGCUCAUCUCAGAAAGACUUUCUUCUUGAAAUGCUUUUUCCUUCCUCCUAAACUUCUCUUGAUUUGACCUCAGUGCUUCAAAUUAGUCUGUGCUACAAUUUGCCAUUGUUAUUAAAUUGCAUUCAGAACAAUUGUCAAGGCAUAGGUGUACACUUUCAUAACAAAUUAAUGUAGGUUCUUUGAGGUUGAGUAUGUAUUUCUUUUAGCAUAUAGAUAAUUUUCAUAUGCUAGUUGUUUAAUAAUUUUUUUAAAGAUUUUUAAAUUUUAUUUAUUUGACAGAGAGAGAGCUAGAGAGGGAACACA